UGACAAACUAUACGAACACGGAUAUCACGUUAGAAAAAGAUUUAUGUUUUUAAUGAUAAAGAUAAUAAACAACAAAGCAACAAGCUACGACACACGUGGAAGAAAACGAAAUACAUCGUUUGCUCUCUCCUCUAUCCGUUGUUAAAAUUAAAUUUAAAACUUUUCCAGCGAACUAUUCAUAACAUAACUAUUUACUUAUUUAUUUAUUUUCGACACAUUGCAUCGGCGAAACAACCGUGCAACAAGAUGAGGAUACAUCUUACUGUGCUACUUUUUGCGCUUUACGUCGUACUAGCAAAAACCGACACUGUGAAAGACGAUAACACAGCACUCGAACUCGCCCCCGACUCAGCUGUGUUCAAUGAUUACCGACAACUGUCAGGCGGAUACGCAAGAGCAUACAACUUUUACGGAUGUCCUCAACCAUACUUUAUUGGAAAUUCAUACAAGGUCAUUGAUUAUUGGCCUGAUGGGGCAAAUAUCGAAGUCACUGUGAGAACAAAAACUCAAGUUAGAAAUGGAUGGACAACAUUGGUUGUCUUCAGCAGGCCUCUCCCGAAAGGUUCAAGGAUUCUUGUAUGGAACGCUGAAGUGACGGCUAUGAUAAACAAUCAGUACAUAACUUUCGUCAAUAGAGCACACAAUCCCAAUCUACAUGAAAUGAGAACGUUUUCCUUCACUUUUGUGGUCGAAGGAGCGUCCAUGCAGGAAAUGCAAGGAUUUUCUGCUACCAUCGCUUUUUACGCGGAAAGAAUUGAAGAUGCUUCUUGUUACCUCAUGAAUAAGCAGAAAAAGCAAGCUCCACGAACAAGUGCAUACAGUUAUACCGUACGACCACCAGUCAGACCAAGGACCAAAAAAGUAGUAAAACCGACAGCAUGGCCACGUUUCAUCAGACGAACUACUGUUGUUCCACGAAGAACAACAAGAAGCAUUAAACGCAAUGGAAGAAAACCAAAACCCAGAGCUACCCCUCCUCCACGCAGAAAACCGACUACAAGGAAACCACAAAGGAUUCAAACCACUAACAAGCCAAAACCAAGGACAACCGUUCCACAAUACCCAGAAGAUAUGCCGGAGUACAAAAUCGCAAGCAAACUGGUGCAGAAGCACAAAGGAAAAUGCCAACUUCUUCACAAUAGCUACAAAGUUGUUAACUCUGGCUAUGAUGCUGGCAACAAUCUGGCUGAUGGAAAUGAAAGAAAAUAUAAGUUUAAUGUUGAAAUAAGAGUGCCCGUUAAAAAUGUAGUUUCGGACUGGACAGUGAAAAUCGUAUUUGCCGAACCUAUAGAAGCAAUAGAGUGCUGGGAAGCAGUUGCAUCUGAACAUUCAUCUGAUGGAACUGUGUGGCUGAUUCGACCACAAGAAUGGAACUCGGAAUUACGUGAACCUUCAGAAUUCUUAAUGGUUCCGUUGAUGAAAUCACACUAUGCACCACCAGGAAUUGUGUACGUAUGUGAAAAUGGAGAGGAGCCAACAUUGUUAGGAAAUGGAAUUUUUGAAAGAAGAGAUGGAGGUGGACAUAGACUGUCUCUAGAAGAGAUACAAAAACAAGAACAGCAAGAAGGAGUAAGACAGAAAAGAAUACAAAAAGAAAAGAAGGAACUAGACAGAGAAAGAGAAAAACGCGAAAGAGAAGAGAGAGAAAGAGAACGAAAAGAACGGGAACGAGCAGAGAAAGAAAGAAAAGUAAAUGAGAAGAAAUACAGACCAACAGAAUCAUCAAACAACAAUUGGCAAAAUAAUGAUAAUCACUGGGAAAGCAACAACAACAAUGAACAUCAAGAUACUUGGCAGAGACCGGCUGUUACUACGACCGCAAGACCCCGACUCUCAGGACCACGAUGCAGUGGAAGAGAUGGAUACGCACCUGUGGAUCCGGGACAGAUCAGAGUAUCGUACAAGAAAUCACCUCUGAAAGAACGAUCGCCAUAUGACUACAAUGAAGUCUUGACUAUGUCAAUACUGUUCUAUGAGGCUCAAAGAUCUGGUAAAUUACCAAAAGACAAUAGAGUUCCAUGGAGAGGAGACUCAGGACUUAAAGACGGAUGUGAUGUUGGACUCGACUUAACUGGAGGAUGGUACGAUGCUGGUGACCAUGUCAAGUUCGUUUUUCCAAUGGCUUGGUCAGCAACAACUCUGGCGUGGGGUGCAAUUGAGUUUAAAGAUGCUUACAAAGAUGCGAAUGAAUACAAGAAUAUGUUGUCAUCACUUAAAUGGGUUUCAGACUUUCUUGUUAAAGCACACUCGAGCAAAUAUGAACUUUAUGGCCAGGUUGGUGAUGGUGGAGCUGAUCAUUCUUAUUGGGGUAAAGCAGAAGACAUGAACAUGAGAAGACCAGCAUUUAAAAUUACUAAAAACAGCCCUGGUACAGAAUUGGCGGGUGAGGUCGCUGCCGCCCUUGCUGCAAUUUCAAUAUUAUUCCAACGUGAAGACUCCAAAUACUCUAAACUUCUUUUAAGACACGCUGAAGAACUGUAUGAAUUUGCUGAUAAAUAUAGGGGUGAUUAUCAUAAAGCUAUACCUGCUGUCGGAGGGUAUUACCGAUCAUACAGCGGUUACAAUGACGAGUUGGUAUGGGGCGCAUUGUGGUUGGCCAAAGCAACCGGCAAGAAAUCGUAUCUAGAUGAUGGAGUCAGAAAAUACAAUCAAUACGGAGGUUCACACACUCCAAAGAUGUUUUCUUGGGACGACAAGAGGGCUGGAUCACAGGUUUUGAUAGCACAGUUGACCGGUGAUGAGAAAUACAGAGAACAUAUUAUGAGCUAUCAAAAUUUCUUAACAAGUUAUAAAAAGACGCCAAAAGGAAUGGUGUGGCUCGACCAAUGGGGAUCCAACAGAUAUGCUGCCAGUGCUGCUUUCAUCAGUCUGGCAGCUGCCAAUUUGCAACCACCAAUGCGAGAAAAGGCAAAACUCAUAAAAUUCGCUGAGAAGCAAAUUCAUCUUAUGCUUGGAGAUGCAGGAAGAAGCUACGUCGUUGGUUAUGGGAGAAAUCCACCAGUUCGGCCUCAUCAUAGAUCGAGCUCAUGUCCUCCUCCACCGAGUGCAUGCGAUUGGAAUUCAGCAUACAACAAUCCUGCUGGCAAUCAUUUCACUUUGUACGGAGCAUUGGUCGGGGGACCAAGUGAGAAGGGUAUUUACGUUGAUAAAAGAAGCGACUUUGUUUCUAAUGAAGUUGCCACUGAUUUCAAUGCAGGAUAUCAGUCUGCUUUAGCAGGUCUUAAACAUUUUCAGAUAGAAGCAAGAUAUAAAGCUUAACUGCAGCAUUUUCUACACAUUAAUUUAUUAGCCUGACAAUCAUUUCUACCCAGUCAACGAAUAAUGUCUCGGUACAAGUCGAACCUGACAGACUAAGAUUAAUUUUCGAUUAAUUUGAAGAUGUGAGAAAUAUUUAGUUCUAGUUACUUCAAGUUUCAAUCUUCUAUUUGUGAUAUUCACGACUACUACAAACUCAUUUUUGCAGUUUGGUGUUAAUUUUAUACUGAUCCAUGUGAGUUCGGUUUGAAAUAAAAAUAUUUUAUAAUAGC